AUGUGGCCCGUAUGGCUGAUCAUCGUUGUAGCGGUUGCAACAGCCGCAGUAUUCACCAUCACAGGUGUCUUGCUGGCUGUUCGAGUCGAGCGUCGACGGCAUCGCAGACUUCUGCACAGUCAUCAUCUUGCAAGGCAUCUCACGGUGUACCAUCGACCGGAUCUCGGCGCAAACGAUAGCACCUAUUCUCAUGUUCUCCUGCCCGACAAGAACCUCAGUCGCGUACAGAUGCCGUAUGGUAUUGUAGCCAUUGGCAGCGGUAGACGUCUCUCAACAGAGAACGAAAAGGAUGACAAGGCACGAGUGCGCGACUUGCAUAAACCCAACGAGAUACCUCCAGCUCGCGGCGGGAAAGGAGGCAUCAAGCGAUCCUUUACAGGUCGAUCACUCUAUAUACCCAAAACUCGCCGACAAAAGGGGAUACAAAAGGUUAUGCCAUGCGAUACGGCACAGAACUCUCCACUCUCAGCCAUCAUCGAGCUUACCGAUUCAGAACGCACUCCAACCAUUGCAGCGGAAAUUGCUGGUGAAGCUCGUUCGUCUGAGACAUCCCGCAAAUCAGAGAGACAAUUCUCAAUUCAAUGGCCUCUCGCCCUUUCGAGAAGUCAACCCGAUGCUGCUCCUACAGAAGUUUUGUCGAUGGCUGCCCGCCCUAGCAUGCUAAUGAGGAUGGGUGGAAAGAAUGCAGCUUCAGGAACUUCUGGGCCUCGACCGCUCAUCAGGGCAGUCAGCUGUAGCAGUACGCCUUCGUCUCCGCCCGAAGAUGCUCUGUCCGUGCCAUCGGCGAGUUUUCGCUACCAGCACCAGCACAUGCACGGCACAAGACACGACGACCAUCAGACACCCGCCCUCAGCCUUGAACCAGAGGAGCACAUCUUCCGCAGUGGUGUACACUCACGCCUCCCCAACUUCGAUGUGGAUGGUGGACGCUCCGACGUCGUACUUGGCGCCAGAAGCAAGAGUCCUACGCCGCGACUGCAAGCUGAGCCUGGCCGAUCAACAGCCGGUACACUGCGGGCGGUCAAGCCAAGCCUUCAUUCCAUUCAUGCAAGUUUUGACAUGGUCGAUGCGAGUCUUGACAACGAGGAAGAGAAGUCCGCAUCAAAACCGAUUCCAGCGAUUUUCGUCCGGGACGACUCCUUUAAAACCAUUGACGCAACCCACUGGGACAGUCCUCGGAAGUUCAAAGUCAAUAAAACACGCGCUGGCUUUAGCAACAGGCGCUCGAUGAUAGAGACCUGCAGAGUCUCGCAAUGGCGUGCGACUAGUGACUCAUUCGUCACGAACGAUGGCGGUGAGUAUGAUCUCAGUGAAUUGAAGAGACCAGCUUCAGUAGCGACUGCAAACCCUUUGCAGUGGGAUCUGCGGGGCGAAUUCGCAAAGGUCCGCCGGUCGCUGUCGCCUCUUGAGGGAUCCAAGAACGGACACAAACGCCAGAAUUGCGUCCGAAUCGCCAAUCUUCCUGUUCCGACGCCUAAUCCGAGACGGGUCAGCAACUUGCCAGAGGUGCUGGAGGACCAGCCCCCUCGAGCAGAGCAGCAAUGCCAACGUCCCGCCUCAGACGAUCGACAACGUCGUACUAGAAUGGCAGAGGAUGAGGAACUUGAGCUUGACUCCUCCCCGAGACCUACUCCGAUACAAUCGCCAUUCCUAAAUUUGCCUGUUCUAACCCCAACACUCGUGCGCCCGCAGCGAAAACAAUACAUACAACCUCCAACUAGCACGACAUUGGAUAUACCGCGCCCUGACUCGGACACAUUCAGUCACAUCACAAACGACUAUGCGGCAAAACAUGUAUCACCACGACCGAAGCCACUGUCGCCGACCGCACGACAUGACGUCCGCCUCAACAGCACACCUCCCUCUGAGCGCAAUCUACAACACCCUCCGUUUGACUCUCCUAUCUUACCAUCUCCAGCGCUGAAGAGUUCAACGUUAUACCCACGCAAGUCACUGGUCAAAGGUCCCCGUGGGCACUGGCCAACAGGGGGUAUGGGACAUUUCGAGUCCUCGCACGGCGAGAGUCCGUUGCAGCACAAGACCUCAACUGGAGCCUUCUUCAUCAGCAGAGAACAUCUGGAGUCCGGCGAGGUUGAUCUUCGUAGGUCGGUCAUGCUCAUGCGAAGCUUGAACUCGGAACACAGACUUGACAACUACACCAACGUCAGAUCGCGGUUGUGUCCCAAGGACGACCUCGGUGUCGGCGGUGGUCAACAGAUGAAUGCAGGACUACGCACGACGUCAACCUGCGCAUCCAGCAUGCCGACAGUUUCGUCGCCCUUCCUCGAAAGGCAAACCCCGAGGGCAAAAUCGAGCGGUGAACCCGCACCGCCGGUAUCAGCCUCCUCGGUUCGUGCUCGACAACCGUCCAAUUCUCCAUCUACCAUGUCGACGGGCGCGGGCUCGAUCUGGGAAGAUGACACCGUAGGCGGCGACGGAGAUUGGACUGGCGCAAGCCCAGAGGACACACCGACGCCGACACCUGGCACUCACCUGCAGCUAAGGCCUGUGCCUCAGCCUGCUGCUCUGCGGCCAAAGCCGAGUGAGGCAACGGGAGGAUUUAGAGAUAAGCACCAGCACCACCACCGGUAUGAUGUUCAAGACCUGUCGCGGACAUUCGAAGGUCCGGAUUCGUUAUGGGAAGUCCAAGCCGAGACUAAACGGCAGUUGCUGACAGCGUCUCGGGGACGUGUACCGCCGCCGGCGCCGCCGAAAAGCGGGCGAAAAUGGCAUGUCCCUGAGCGCGGCCACGGGCAUGGAUAUGGGUAUGGCCGAACGGGCAUCAACCCUCGUCAUUUCGAUGAGAAUACAGGUGCCGGUGUAGGUGACGCGCAUAGCAGCUAUCCUUCACCCCUUGUGAGGAACCUGGAAAGGGCGGUGAGCAGUGGACGAUGGGACACCGCCGGUCACGUUCUGGACGGUCAAGGGAGUGAUGUCGGCAAUGCCAGAAAUGGGCGGCCAAGAGGUCGUGUCUACACCACAGCUUCUGUUUCUCGUACCGAUGAACCAAGUCCAAGUCCAAGCCCAGGGCCAGGGCCAGGGCCAGGACCAGUGUUUGGUUUGGGUUUGAGGUUUGGGAAUGCUCCGUCGCCGAUAUAA